AAACCAAGGUGGAGUGACUCACUCACAAUCACCCCAAGCUCUAUUCCUGUUACAUCGUCUAGUAAACCUAACAAGGACUCAUCUACAAUACACAGAGAUGUACCCAAGGUUGCCCCAAGUAUUUCAGGGGCACCAAGGGCAACACCUCCCAGUCAUUUACCUUCCCCUUAUGGGGUGAAUGGUUCCCCUAGUCCUCUGCCAUCAUCCAGUCCUCUUGCAGUCCGGGAUUCUCACUUGUUAUUUUCCACCAAACGGGCAGGUGACCCACCAUAUUUAGAGAACUACGCGAAGCUACCUCGAAGAAGUCACACACCACCUAACAAGCAAGCCACCCCGUCUCGACAGUUAGCUGAUAUUCAUCUUCAAAGUCAUCCACAUGAUAAAUCUAUAUAUAGUGGACACAAAGAAUCUAUAGCUGAUCGUGGUCACCAUCUCUUAGCGGUCGCAACACUAAAAACUGAACAGGAUAGAUAUGGGAGAGAGUCUGACAGAAGACAACCAAGUAUAGAAAGGAGAGAUUCUGGUAAUGAAUGGGGAGAAUUAAGUUUAGAAAGAAGAGUUAAUAGGGAUCCCAAUAUAGAAAGGAGAGGUUUAAGCAUUGAAAGAAGAGAUCUCAGUCUUGAAAGAAGAGAUCUCAGUCUUGAAAGAAGAGAUCUCAGUCUUGACAGAAGAGAUCUCAGUCUUGAAAGAAGAGAUCCAAGUCUUGAUAGAAGAGAUUCAAGUCUUGAAAGAAGAGAUUCAAGUCUUGAAAGAAGAGAUUCAAGUCUUGAAAGAAGAGAUUCAAGUCUUGAAAGAAGAGACUCAAAUUAUGACAGGAAAGAAUUAAGCUUAGACAAAUGGAAUCUAAAUUCAGUCAUGGAAUCAAAGUAUAUACCUGCUAAACACUCAGAUGGUUUUGAUCCUUACAGAGUGUGGGUAAACACACCUGAGCAGUCCAAACCCAACAGUGAUAAAACAAAAUAUUUACCAGGACCGUACUCUAUACCAACUUCCGUCCCCACCACCUUACCUCAGCAAGGUUCAAGGGUUCCUUCUGCUCAACCUCCCCAUCCUUUUUCAACUUAUGGACGUCCUCCAGACACAAGACUACCUCAGACUCCUUACUCCCAGUCAACCCAUACGAUUUCUGCCCACCACCCGCAAGUGAGUGUGGCAUAUUCAAUAGCGAGCAAAAUGCAUCAGCCUUAUGCCCAGCCAGCCACCAGCAGAGCGCCACAGGUUCCACUAUCACACAGUAGUAGUCACUCUUCUCAGCCUCCUGUUACUACAUCUGUGACACAAUCCUAUCAUUAUCAGUAUACUACAAGUCAGGUGCAUUACCAUCAACAACAGCAGCAGAGACAUCAGCAACAACGGUCAGCAACACAGCAGUCACCUUUUAAUCUUCCUCAAACCACAAAGUCAGUAGCUGGAGUUUCUCUACCACCUCCUCAUCUAAGCCAGCAGCAGGCAGCUCAUCAAGCAUAUAUGUAUGCCCAGCAGCGUAAUGAAGCAUCUCAUGCAUUGUAUCCAAACAAGCGGUCAAAUCAAAUGUCGCCUCAUCCUUCUAGUUCACCACAUCCUUCAAUAUCUCCCCAUCCUUCUGCAUCCCCACAUCCAGCAGCAUCACCACAUCCAUCUGCUUCCCCACAUUCAGUGGCAGCUUCUCCACGUCCUGGAGUUUCUCCUCAUCCAUCACAGCAGGGUAGAACUCCUCAGUCCUCUCCACACCCUGCACAGAGGCUUCCAACAAACUCUCCAGUGCAGCAUUCAAGUCAUAGCUAUCCAGGAAGUCUCCCUCCUAGUCCCUAUUCAGGUCAUCAGACUUACCAACCACAUUUAACACCACCUUCCAGACCACCAUCAACAGCCGCCCCACACCCUCAUCCAUCUCAACCACAUCCUAGCCAUCCAUCUAAAACCCCAACAUCCCACCCAUUGCAACCCCACCCUACCCGACCCACUGAUCCUCACUUGGCUCGCUCAGCCCAUCACCUGGAGGAUCAUCCACCUCAGGGUCACCCAACCCAAGCCAAUAUGCAGCAGCACUCACUGCUCUCCCAGAACCAGUAUCCUCAGGCCCAUCCACUACAGUCCCAUCACUUUCAGCCUCUCUCUCCACAAGCCCAUCCAUCACAGGCCCGCCCAACACACACUCAAUCAUCACAGGUCCAUCCUCACCAGAGCCAUUCCACUCAGGGUCACCUAUCCCAGUCCAUCACUUCUCAAGCUCACCCUCAGACAUCUCAAGCUUAUCCCUAUUCACCACAGGUUCACCCCUAUCCUUCCCAAAUUCCAACUCACCCUUUUCAAGCCUCCCCUCAUACCUCCCAAGCUUCUCUCCAUCAUUCCCAAACUCCUCAUUCUUCCCAAGCACCUACCCAUUCUUCCCAAGCACCUCCCCAUUCUUCCCAAGCUCCUCCCCAUUCUUCCCAAGCACCUCCCCAUUCUUCCCAAGCACCUCCCCAUUCUUCCCAAGCACCUCCCCAUUCUUCAACUCCUUCCCAUUCUUCCCAAGCUCCUCCCCAUUCUUCCCCAAGCUCCUCCCAUUCUUCCCAAACUCCUCCCCAUUCUUCUCAAUCUCAAACUCAUUCUUCCCAAGCUCCUCCCCAUUCUUCCCAAGCUCCUACUCAUUCUUCCCAAGCUCCUCCCCAUUCUUCCCAAGCUCCUACUCAUUCUUCCCAAGCUCCUCCCCAUUCUUCCCAAGCUUCCUCCUAUUUUUCCCAAGCUCCUUCUCGUCCUUCUCAAGCACCACCUCACCCUUCCCAUGCACACCACCUUCCCACUCAAGUCUCUCCAUAUCCCAACCAAACUCCCCCUCAUGCUUCUCAACCCCAUUCUCGUUCUACCCAAGCCCCUCCCCAUCCUUCUCAAGCCCCUCCCCAUCCUUCCCAAGCACCUUCACAUCCUUCUCAAACCCACCCAUAUCUUCAAACCUAUCCCCAUCCUUCACAGGCUCCUCUCCAUCAUUCCCAAAAGCCAGUCUAUCCUUCUCCGUCCGUCCCCAUCCUUCUCAUGCCU